AUGAUCCUCCCCGCCGCCUUCCUUCUCUCCUUCCUGCGCCUGCCCCAGCCGUGGCCCGCGUCGUCGCGGCUCGCCGUGCGCCGCUCGCCCUCGCCCGCCGCCGCCGCCGCCUCGGCUGCCGCCGCCUCGGCUGCCGAGCCGACUGCCGAGGCUGCCGUCUUCUCCGACCUGCUGGCUGCGCACGGGCUGGCGACCGACUCAGUCGCGCUGCGCAGCGACGGGCCCGGCGGCCGCACCCUCGUCGCCGCUCGCGACCUCGGCAGUAACGAGGUCGCGCUCGCCGUGCCGCGCCGCCUCCUGCUCACCGCGCACCGCUCGGGCGCGAUCGGCGGCCUCGCCGGCCAGACGGACCUGGUGUGGGACGCGGCGGGCGAUCUGCGCGAGGAGGUUGGCGAGGCCAUGUUCAAGCGCGGGGCGACAUGGGACGUCCGACUCGCCCUCGCCGUGCUCGAGGCGACGGCCGGCUGCGGCGGCGAGCUGUGGGACGCGUACCGCCGCUUCCUGCCGCUGCCGCACGAGCUGAGCUCGCCGGUCUGCUUGCCCGCCGAGCUGCUCGCCGAACUCCGCGAGCCGGCCGUCGCCUCCGCCGCCGCCGCGCGCAACGAGCUGCUCGCCGACCUGUACGCACCGCUCAUGGCGCACGAGGCGCACCCCGCCACGGCGGGGUACGUGGCGCGCGGCGGCGAGGCGGCGCGCGGGCUGGUGCCGGCGCCGCUGAGCUGGGCGUACGCGCUGGUGUCGAGCCGCUGCUUCGCGCUCAGCGGCGGUGACACGUUCGGCUUCGUCCCCUUCCUGGACAUGUGCCAGCACUCCGCGGUGCCGUCGGCAAACUUCACAUCGGACGAGCGCGGGAUCGUGCUGCGGACGCUGCGCCCGGUGGCGGCGGGCGAGGAGGUCACCAUCUCGUACGGGGGCGACUACUCCUCCCGCCGCACCUUCGAGCAGUACGGCUUCGUCCUCAGCGAGGGCUGCGCCGCGGACGCGACACUCCUCGAGGAGGCGGUCGCCGCCGCCGCCGCCGCCGGCAGCCUCUCGCCCGCGGAUGUGAUGCGCGACGCCUCCGCCGCAGAGCCGCCCACCGAAGCCGCCUUCCGCGCCGCCUGUGUGCUCUUCGCUUCGGACGCGCCGCCGCCGCCGGCGACCCUGCUGCGCGCCGUCCGCUCCGCGCUCGCGCAGCAGGCCGACGGCGCAGAGGCGGAGGCGGCGCUCGACCAGCUCGCCGAAGAGGCGGGGGCGGCCGACUCGCGGCUGUGGAGCGUGCUCUCGUACCGAGUGUCGCGGCGGCGGCAGCUCGCGCUGGCCGAGGCAGUGCUGGAGCAGCUCGUGCCUGCUCAGCCUGGUAGCUGA